AUGGCGAAUCCAAAAACGAAAUCUCUUUCAUCUCCUGUUAAACAUUCUCAUUCGUCAAUCAAUUCAACUGAACAAACUUCUCAAACACGCCAUUCGAUACACUGUUCAGAUUAUCCAUCGGCUCUAUUUUCUACAAUCAAUCAAUUCCGUCAAUCAGAUCUAUUCACUGAUGUGAUGAUAUACGUCGAUGGAGUUUCGUUUGCUUGUCAUCGUUUGAUCCUCGCUGCUGCGUCGCCAUACUUUCGCGCGAUGUUUUCCUAUAACUUUCGCGAAUCGACCGAAGGCAACGUUCGCAUUCAAGACAUCACACCUUGGACAAUGAAACGCAUACUCGAGUUUAUCUACACUGGCCAUACAGAUAUCACCUAUGAAAAUCUGUUCGAAAUGUUCAAUGCAAGUGUCAUGUUAUCUAUCAAAGAAUUGACUGAUCUUUUGAUUAAAUUUCUCUAUUUACAAAUCGAUAUUCACAAUUGUAUACAAAUUGAACAACUAGCCACUUUGUACUCGUUGGAAACACUACGACGCACAACAUUACAAUAUAUUGUCGAUCAUUUUAUGUGUCUAUACGAGAAACGAUUGUUUGUUCAUUUAAAUGAACAUACGUUAAUGGAAGUUCUCUCCGAUGACAAUUUAGAUAUUCCGAAGGAAGAAUAUGUGUUUUCGACGAUUGUACAAUGGGUCAAUCAUCAUCCCAAUGAACGUGAACAAUAUUUUCAAAGUUUGUUUAAAUUCAUACGCUUAAAUUCGAUAAGUGAUAGUGAUUUUGUAACGAAUUCGAUGCGUAAUGAAAAACUAGUACAAAAAUAUCCAACUUGUUUACGUACGCUGAAAGAUUUCUAUUCAAAUAACUUCAUUCCCGAUCUACUCGGUCCUAUUCGCCCAAGUACACAAAUCAGAUAUCAUUUAAUUGUGAUCGAAUUAUCAUCGUCGGACGAUGAGAUUGACGAUGAAGAAAAUGAGAACGAACAAUCGACGGUGAAGGAAACAGAUGAGCCAAUAACGAACUUCUAUCAGAGAUUUUCUGCACAGCUACAAGUGAAUGAUGGAACCACAAAUCAUAUUUCACAUCAGAAUAGUACAGAUUCCAGUCAUUGUGAGUAUUCGCCGAAUUCACACCACCAUUUUCGUUCACCUUCGCCGGAUUAUCGUUUAUCAUCCUCAUACUGUCAUUUACAUGCGUACGAUUUCUUUCGCGAACGAUGGCGGUUUCUUGGUCGCUUGCCGGAAGUCUUCUCCGAUGUGUCUUGUGUGUCGACGAACACAAGUUUAUAUCUAUUUGGUGGACAACUACGUUCGGGUGAAUUGAGCGAUCGAAUCUGGAUCUGUUCAUUGUCAACAUUGAAAUGGCAAAUGUCUUCAAUACGCUUACCGUGUCCGCGUGGCCAACACACAUGUCUUUUAUUUCAUAAUGUUGUUUUAUUAUUUUUCGGUGUGUCAUAUGUAUCCUCGACAUUGAAUCCUUGCCAUUCGGUGGACAUGUUCGAUUUAACUAGCGAGACUUGGACGUGUCUCGGCGAAAGCGUACCAUCCUAUCAAUGUGAGCCGAUCGUUGCUACGGGACAACGAAUUUUAUUAUCGAAUAAAAAUGAUACACAAAUGUUACACACGUAUAAAUUGAGAAUGCAGCAACAAGAUGAAUUGGCGAAUGGACAAACGAUGAAACACACCGCGUCAAGUGACGAUGUGGUAGCAGCAACGACCACAUCCAUCAUUCACAAAGAUAAAGGACAACUUUCACGAACACCAUCCAUAGAUAACACCAUUGGCAGUGAGUCUAGUUUAAUAUCAGCUGGUUACUAUAUGUUGCCACGUAACAAUAACAUCGGCCGAUUUUCACUUGUAACACAUGAAGAUGAUCUUUAUCUGAUCUAUUGGCAAUCGAAACUAAUCUAUCGUUUCAAUCUUGUCCGUAAUGAAAUCUUCUUAAAACAAUCAAUGCUCUAUUCAUAUACAAAUCAUUGCCAAUGUGUUCUGGUUGAUCGUCGUCUGAUCGUCAGUGGUUUAGUUUAUCUAUCUAAUUUGACUGAUAGUGAAAAACAAUCUCUCCCAACAUCAAAUGACAAGCGAUCAUCUUUAAAAGAUUCCUAUUGGGUUAUUCAAAUCUACGAUAUUGAUAAUGAUUGUUGGUCGAUAUUACCUGAUCAACAAAUUCAACGCAAACAUCUACUAUUUGUAUCGAAACUGUCUUGA